AUGUCUACUUUGAAAGCAUCCUUUCAAAGCGGGGGAGGAUGUUCGGACCAACUCCAACUAGAGGGCGCUAGUCAUUUCAAAUCCAAGUUAAACCGGUGCUGGUUACGCAUGCGCCGACGUUGUCGGCAGGCCAUCGGCGCGCUCUCUCACGAACCGUUUUGCCGUUAUGAUCAGUACGCGUACGUGUGUCGCUACCGAGCUUGUUCACGCCACACUAAUGUAACACAAUUUAAACCGUGUAUUAUUCGUUUGUCACGUGUUGUUGUGUUUUUGGUAUACGGCCGUAAAUACGUGUAUUCCCGAGUGCGCACGAUAUGGCAUGCUAAUAUCUUCGCGACUUCGCUGUUGUUCACCCGUGAGUUUUUUCUCCGGACAUCGCAAAUCGUUAAGCGGUCGAUCGUAUUUGUGUUGUCGCCGUUACUGGCUGUUGCGCACGUGUUUGUGUCGUCGCCGUUACUGGCGGUUGCGCACGUUUUGUGUUGUCGUCGUUCCUGGCUGUUGCGCACAUUGGUUGAAUAUUCACGUUAA